AUGCCCGUUGUUUUGGUGCGCCCGACCAAUCGGACGCGGCGGCUGGAUUCUACGGGAGCCGGGAUGGGCCCAUCGUGGCGGCAGCAGGACGCUCCCCUGCCGACCGUCACGCAUUGCGCAGGGUGCACCACCGCCCGGUCCUCCUGCGGCUUUAACGGCCCCGACAUGGACCCGCCGCGCCACUUCCCGGCGGGCUUCGGCCCCGAGCAGCAGCAGCAGCGCCAGCAACAGCAGCAGCAGCAGCAGCGCCCGCCGGCGCCGCCGCACUGCCAGCAGCACGGCCAGGACAAGCAGAGCCUCCAGCAGCAGCAGCAGCAGCAGCAGCAGCAGCAGCAGCAGCAGCAGCAGCAGCAGCAGCAGCAGCAGCAGCAGCAGCAGCAGAGCCCGUGCCUCCAGUGCAACAACUGCGCCUACUACGGGGCUGCUGCGGCAGCCGCGGGGGAUAACCUGCCCCUGCUGCUCCGCGCCUCCUCGCCGCUUUCGGGCGCCUUUCGGACGCACUCCUCGCCGCUGUCUUCCGCCGCCUCCUCCCGGCACGGCAGCCAGCUGAACGUCAGCGAGUUCACCCCGUCCAGCCAUGCUGGCACGUCCAGACAGCCUCACCAAUAUUCCCAGUACCACCAGUGCCAUAGCCUGCAGCAGCAGCAGGCAGCCAGCCCCAGCAGCAGUGUCAGCAGCAGCAGCACUCACCAUCAUCAUCACCAUCACCAUCACCACCACCAUCAUCAGCAGCAGCAGCGCCGGGAGAGCAACCCCUUCACCGAAAUAGCCAUGAGCAGCUGCAGGUACAACGGUGGCGUCAUGCGGCCGCUCAGCAACCUGAGCUCGUCCCGCAGGAACCUGCACGAUCUGGACUCCGAGUCGCAGCCUCUCCAGGCGCCGCUCGCCAGCCCCGCCGCCGCUGCUGCCGGCUCUGCCCCCGCCGCCGGCAGCCCCGCCGCCCCGGAGAUCGUGGUCUCCAAGCCCGAACACAACAACUCCAACAACCUGGCGCUGUACAGCUCCACCGGCCCCGGCCCCGGCCCCGGCACGGGAAGCUCCAACAACGGCGGGGGCAAGUCCAGCAAGAAGAAGAACCAGAACAUCGGCUACAAGCUGGGACACCGCCGGGCUCUCUUCGAGAAGCGUAAGCGCUUGAGCGACUACGCGCUCAUCUUCGGCAUGUUCGGCAUCGUCGUCAUGGUCAUCGAGACCGAACUCUCCUGGGGCGCCUACACCAAGGAGUCUCUGUAUUCCCUCGCUCUGAAAUGCCUUAUUAGCCUCUCCACGAUUAUCCUGCUCGGGCUCAUCAUCGUGUACCACGCAAGAGAAAUCCAGUUGUUCAUGGUGGACAAUGGAGCAGAUGACUGGAGAAUAGCCAUGACUUAUGAGCGUAUUUUCUUUAUCUGCUUGGAAAUACUGGUGUGUGCUAUACAUCCCAUACCUGGGAAUUACACAUUCACAUGGACAGCCCGGCUCGCCUUUUCUUACGCUCCAUCCACAACAACAGCUGAUGUGGAUAUUAUUUUAUCUAUACCAAUGUUCUUAAGACUUUAUCUUAUUGCCAGAGUUAUGCUUUUGCAUAGCAAACUUUUCACUGAUGCCUCAUCUAGAAGCAUUGGAGCAUUAAAUAAGAUAAACUUCAAUACCCGUUUUGUUAUGAAGACUCUAAUGACAAUAUGUCCAGGAACUGUACUGUUGGUUUUUAGUAUCUCAUUAUGGAUAAUUGCUGCAUGGACUGUCCGAGCUUGUGAAAGAUACCAUGACCAACAGGAUGUUACUAGCAAUUUCCUUGGAGCAAUGUGGUUGAUUUCAAUAACUUUUCUAUCCAUUGGAUAUGGGGAUAUGGUACCAAAUACAUACUGUGGAAAAGGGGUCUGUUUACUUACUGGAAUCAUGGGUGCUGGGUGCACUGCACUGGUGGUAGCUGUGGUGGCAAGGAAGUUAGAACUUACCAAAGCUGAAAAACAUGUGCAUAAUUUCAUGAUGGACACCCAGCUAACUAAAAGAGUGAAAAAUGCAGCGGCCAAUGUACUCAGGGAAACAUGGUUAAUUUAUAAAAACACAAAGCUGGUUAAAAAAAUAGACCAUGCAAAAGUAAGGAAACAUCAACGCAAAUUCUUGCAAGCUAUUCAUCAAUUAAGAAGUGUAAAAAUGGAACAAAGGAAACUGAAUGAUCAAGCCAACACUUUGGUGGACCUGGCAAAGACUCAAAACAUCAUGUAUGACAUGAUUUCUGACUUAAAUGAAAGAAGUGAAGAUUUUGAGAAGAGAAUUGUUACUCUGGAAACUAAACUGGAAACUUUAAUUGGUAGCAUUCAAGCUCUUCCUGGACUGAUUAGCCAGACAAUCAGCCAGCAACAGAGGGAAUUCCUCGAGGCUCAGAUACAAAAUUACGAUAAGCAUGUUGCCUACAGUGCUGAACGAUCACGAUCUUUGUCAAGAAGAAGGAGAUCAUCCUCCACAGCACCACCAACUUCAUCAGAGAGUAGCUAGAAGAGAAUAAGUUAACCGCAAAAUAAAGACUUUUUGCCAUCAUAUGGUCAAUAUUUUAGCUUUUAUUGUAAAGCCCUAUGGUUCUAGCCAGCGUUAUCUGGGUUCUGAUGUCAGAAUCCUGGAAACCUGAACACAUUUUAGGCCAAAAUGAGUGAAAACUCCUCUUUUUUUCCCCCCUCCUCCUCUCAGAUGCACAGUGAAUGCACCUAGUAUUGCUAUAUUAGAUUGUUCUUCCUGUAAUUUCACUUUUUAUUCAUGCACUUCAAACAAGCUUUACUACUACAAUACAUAAUCUAAUAUAAUAAAAAUGUUAAUUUCUGCACAUAGUUACUUGAUUACUUUGACCUAACUACCAAAAAAAAGAUCACAAUCAAAAGACCUAAUUAUGAAAUUUAAGAAACUAAAUCGAAGCUUAAUAAUUAUCUCUAAGUAUGAAAGCUAACUGUCUAAACUUUGCUUGCAGUGGAGGGGGAAAAAAACCAAUAUUAAUCUAACAGUGUGCUGUGUAUGUAUAGUCAUUUUAAAAGGUCAUGAAUGGCUUUGAUUUCUGAAGUGAUUAAUUAAAAAUACAGUUUAUCCUAGAAAAUAAGUCUCAGAAUAAGCUAUGGGUUUUAAAAAUAUUCUUAGGGCUUUUAUUUAACAUGCAUUGGUACACACACACACAUAGAUAAUAUAUAUAUACAUAUGUAUUUAUGUAUAUAAAAUUAUUUAUGCAAUGCCCAUAGCAAUGAUCUUUUAAACUGACUAUUCGUAAAGCUACUGGCAUGCAAAAAGCACAGGCAAAGUCCUGUUUUCUUAUUCAGAGUCUCAUAACAAUGCCAGGUACGUUUGUCCAGAUCAAAAGCAUCACUUUCACCCAGAAGCCUCCUAAUAAUGCUAUUUGGGUUUUGAAAGUGUUAGGUUACUACUUUCUCCACUCCUUUCUUUGUGUUUCUGGAGUGAAUGACUGACACACAGACUUAGAGUACACACGGGUGUGUGGUGGCAGCACAGUGUUCUGUAUACAUUAUGUUUGGGCAAUCCCCAUGGUUCCUGCUAUGCAGUCAAGCUUAGCAAAACACUUCUAGCAAUAUUUCCAAAAUCUCCUGUCAAAAGCCAGCUGUAGACUGGAGUUACAACAGAAGGGUAUCUAGAGUACUUUAUUUUCAUGCAUAAAAAUAAGGUCUCCUACUUUAUUAAAGAAAAAAAAAAAAAAAACAAAAAAAAAAAAAACAAACAAAUCACAAAGCAUAGCCACCAGUUGGCACUGGUGAAAAGGUUUUGACUGACAUUGCUCCUGGUUUAUGCUCCAGAGUAGCAAAACUAGGUAAGUUUAAAUGCUCAGUACAUGCAACUUGCAUUAACAAUUCCUAGUUUUAAACAGGAAAUUUGACUUUAUGAGACAUUUUUAGUACUUGCUAUUUACAAAAUGUGCCAGUCCAGUCUGCCUCUCCCCCAGUUUACAGCCAAGGUGACAUCUGUAGCUAAAGUGGCAGACAUGGCUGACUGUUUCUAUGUCUGCCUGGAAGUAACCAGCUUGCUCAUUGAAGAAAGUGAGGAAAUGCACAUUGCUCCAUGAAACACUGUGACUUCUGGUCAGCAAGGACAGGCAGGAAAGAGUAAUGCAGGAGGUCAGAGCAGAGCCCUUCUGGGCAAGACAGAAGAGCUUUCCAACAAUCAGAAUUCCCCAAACCAAAUACAUAAUCUGAAAAACAGCAGACACUUUAGGCCUAUUCAAAUUAAAGGAUCUUCCUUUUCUGGUGUUACGAAUGUAUAAAUGAUGAAUGUAUAAGUGACAUCCAGAGGUAUUGCAUGCUUAUUAAAAGGUCAAUUACUUCUCUAACUUUUUAUGUCCUUGAGAAAGAUGAUGAGUUCAGUAUUUUUCCCCCUAGAGCAGGACAGUUGCAUGCCUUUGGCGUGCCUUAUUUACAGACUGUGGUAUUUUGUGACUGGAAAUAACAAGCAGUAUGCAUAGUAUUUGCAGUUCUGCUUUUGUUUUUAUGGAGAUCAUUUUCAAAGGAAAAGACGGAUGUUAUAUAGUCCUAAUACUUUUCUAGUGCAGUCCUUAAUUAGAUGAUAUUGUGAGUGGUCAUAAGGCCAGUAGUGAUUAAUAAUAUUGGAAUUUAAUAGUCAAGAUUUAGAAAUCUUUUUUCUCCUUUUUUGCAUUUAGUUUAGAAUACUCUUCUUGACAUUGAAUGUGAAAUACACUUUCUGUAGCUUGAAUACAUUCCUUUUUCUCCUGUCAGCUUGAACUAGCUCUUUCAUUGUUUACAUCUUUUUAAUAUAUGUAUUACACCCAUUUUUUGCACAACUGGGUUUUUAAAGAACUGUAGGUCCACUUUGAAAAUUUUUGUCAAUCUGUCAAUUUUAAUUAAGAUCCAGCUACAGGUAUUGGGCUGGCUAUUUCUGUUGUGAAAGAGCAGCUGUCAAUCUUUGACCUCUCAAUUUCUUUUACUCACUAGGACUUGGAAGCGUGAACCUAAUAUUAUUGCCACAGCUUUAUGCAAUGGUGAGAUUCAUCAGGAUUAUUUCCAUCAGUAGCAUUCUGUAACAACCUGCCAAAUUGUUCUGGAUUCCUUUAUUUUCUUUUUAAAGCAAAAAACAAAUGAUGUCACCAUGUUAUACUCCAGUUCUACAUCUUAAUUUACCUUCAAGACCAGUACAGAUAUUUUAUCUGCAUUUUCAGCACGUAUGAUUUUUUUCUUAUAAUAUCUGAUUUCAGCACUAAGGUGCUGCAUGGGGAUACACUACAUGAAAGGACUGAUAUAAACUUUUAUUCAGGAGAGCACAAAGCACUCUUGGUUUGAUUUUCUUACUCUUGACACUAGACUCCUUUUAGUCUUCCCUUGUCUGACUUUUGUAGUAUCACAAAUUCCAUUACUGAAUGUUUAGUUCCAAAGCUUUAGCUCUACCAUUGUCAACAUAUAUAAUCACCAAAAGGAAAACAUAUCAUCAUGACAGAUCGUGGAAACUGUAUAUUUAAAUGUAGACUUUUCUUGUAAAGAUUGUUUACAAAUGACAGGGAGUCUUUCUCAAAGCAUAUGGCGUAUUUACCAUAUUACAAUUGUAAAGCUUCAUGCACCUCUUGCCUUAGUUUCACCAGUAGGAAAAUUCUGCUUUUGGUUGCUAUUAAACUCCUUUUCACUACAUUCCAGACACUGGUUCCAUUUAUAAGUUUCUUGGGAGUGUUGUUGCUAGUCUGCUUUUUUAAAGACAGCGAGCAGAGAUACCUUGCUCAGAAGGACUGAAAUGUAAGAGUACAAAUAGGCCUGUUCACCAUGCUUAAAAUUAAAUACAUUGAUUUAAAUAGUACUUUUUACUUACAUUUACAUUUUUUGCAGAAUCAGAAUAAUGUGUUCAUAUGUUUUAUGCUUGCAAAUGCUCUGCAAUUUUUGAUUCUGUAAAUCAUUAUGUAUUUUAAGCUUGCAUAUCUUUCCAGACAGACUUGUGCAACUCAGCUCUUUACCUCCUCAUGUUCCAUAAGGAUGUAUCUUUUAUGGAAAGAGAUUUGUCAUCUAAAAGUUUGGCAUCCAGCUUAGGAGCUCUAAAUGCCUUCUGGAGGUUCAUACCUUGUGAGCUAUUUCAAAACUAUGGCUCCCCAGACUGAGUUUGGAAUCACUGUCAUCAUUAGAGCAAACAUAAGUGAUAAGUAUACUGUUUUACAAAUUGUAAGACUCUUUCCAUGUCAGAUCAUAUGUAAACAUUCAAGCUGAUAUGCCGCACAUUAAGAGCAUAUCUAAGCAUAAAAGAAUAAAAGGUGUUCAAUGUGUCUAAAAUUCAGAAUAAAAUCUGUAACCCUUAUCAAUACUAAAAAUUAAAAUUGUUUGUAAACUCUU